AAUUCAACUAUGCACUAUAUUUGUUGUAUUAUAUUAUACCAACUACAUCAAGCACGUUCAAAGCAAGCAUCAAGCACAAUCCAAGAAACUCUUGCAAAUUCCCACACAAAAAUGUCAAGUUCAAAGGCUAUGAACAACAAUGAUCAUCAACUUCAUGUGUUCAUGUUUCCAUUCCUUGCAUUUGGUCAUAUAAGUCCUUUUGUUCAAUUAUCCAACAAGCUAUUUUCUCAAGGAGUUCACAUAACUUUCUUAUCAGCUUCAUCCAACAUUCACAAAAUCAAAUCCACUCUUAAUCUCAACCCAUCCAUCCAAAUUAUUCCACUUCAGUUCCCAAAUGGCAUAACCAACACUGCUGAAUUGCCACCUCACUUAGCUGGAAAUCUCAUUCAUGCCCUAGACCUCACUCAACCUCAAAUUAAGUCCCUUUUGUUAGAACUCAAACCUCAUUAUGUUUUCUUUGACUUUGCACAAAACUGGCUUCCAAAAUUAGCUUCUGAACUUGGUGUCAAAUCUGUUCACUUCUCAGUUUAUUCUGCUAUAUCUGAUUCUUACAUUACUGUUCCUUCAAGACUUGAUGAUAUUGAAGGAAGAAGCAUCACUUUUGAGGAUCUUAAAGAACCUCCAAAAGGGUAUCCUCAAAAAAACAAUAUCUCCCUCAAGACCUUUGAAGCCAUGGACUUCAUGUUCAUGUUUACAAAAUUCGGUGAAGGUUUAACCGGUUAUGAACGAGUUAUGCAGAGUCUUGGUGAAUGUUCAUACAUUGUGUUUAAAUCAUGCAAAGAGAUAGAAGGACCUUAUAUAGAUUAUAUAGAAAAACAGUUUGGAAAACAAGUUCUUUUAGCUGGUCCAUUGGUUCCAGAGCCAUCAAUGGAAGUGUUGGAGGAAAAAUUGUGCAAAUGGUUGGAUAAUUUUUCAGUCAAAUCAGUCAUAUUUUGUUCAUUUGGUAGUGAGACAUUUUUGAAUGAUGAACAAAUCAAUGAACUAGCAACUGGUUUGGAACUCACUGGUUUACCAUUCAUUUUGGUUCUGAAUUUUCCAUCCAAUCUUUGUGCAAAAACUGAGUUGGAAAGAGCAUUGCCAAAAGGGUUUUUGGAAAGAGUGAAAGAUAGAGGAAUGGUGCACACUGGUUGGUUACAACAGCAGCUUAUUCUAAAACACAAUAGUGUUGGAUGCUAUGUUUGUCAUGGUGGUUUUAGUUCUGUGACUGAAGCUAUGGUCAAUGAUUGUCAACUUGUGCUGUUACCUUUCAAGGGUGACCAGUUUUUUAAUUCUAAGCUCAUUGCUAAUGAUUUGGAGGCAGGGAUUGAGGUGAAUAGAAAGGAAGAAGAUGGAUAUUUUCAUCAAGAGAGUAUUCUGAAGGCAGUGAAAAUCAUCAUGAUGGAUGGUGAGAAAGAGCCUGGGAAGAGCAUAAGAGAAAACCACAUGAAAUGGAGGAAGUUUAUGUUAGAUAAAGAAAUUCAGAAUAAAUUUAUCAUUGAUCUGGUUGCUCAGCUGAAGUCUUUGGCCUAAUGCAUGAUUGGAAUUACGGUGAGUUUCAUGAAAUAAUUUGUGGUGGCGUGAUUUUGUUGAAGCUCUAAAGGGUAGCUUUACUAAAUCGCGAUGGUUCAACUUGAUUUUGUUAAACUCGUCGCGAAUUUAAACAUGCAUCUCCACUCCCUCUUGAUGGAAUGGAUUAUUUGUGUUCUAUAUUGGUUCUGUUUUUCUUUGUUUACAUGUUUGUUUCAGUUUCCGGCACCUAAUGUUGUUCUAAUUGUAACAAUUUUAUUCAUGUUUGCUGUAGUUUGUUGUAAUAAAACCACCAGUUGAUCAAUGAGAGUUAUCAACAUCAUGUAAAAUUUUAA